AGUGCUAAUGUUUUAUUUCUUUUCGAUUCUUCCCCUCAGACAUCAUACCUAUCAGUUUCGGAGACUGAUAAUUCAGUUCCGGUGUCUCCCGCGGCCACCAGGCGAGGAGCCCGCGAGCUGCGCGUUUAUGAACUAUAUGCGGCCACCAGGCGGUAUGGUUCCUCUGGCGCACCUUACAUUGUCAAGUUGCUAUUGCGGCUACCAGGCGGAUAUUUUCUUCUUAGUGCUAAUGUUCUAUUUCUUUUCGAUUCUUCCCCUCAGACCUCAUACCUAUCAGUUUCGGAGACUGAUAACUCAGUUCCGGUGUCUCCUGCGGCCGCCAGGCGGCAACUGAUUUGA